AUGGCCGCAGACAUGGAUCCCCAACGCCAGCCCACGGGUCCAGAGAGAGCAGUCUCCGUGAGAAACCAUGUUCUCGCCCUACUUCCCACAGCUGCUUCGAACUACAUGGAGGCCAUCGCUGCUGGAAAGUUCUUUUGCGUGGUUGAGAAGCACGACACGCCGUUCGACUUCGCAGCACCCGAUGCUGAGAGCUUCCUAUGGCUCUGUGCCAAGCCCACCUUACCGAUCCGCAAGAUGUUCACUCAUUACAGAGCUAGAUGCCCUGAAGGUGAUGAUCAAUUUGUGGUAACCGCCGCGGGAGAUGAUCAGACAGAGAUCGACGGGAGCGGUGACACCAAGUUCAAGGACUUGCCUGCCCCCAAAGACGGUGUUCUGCUGCUCACUGCGAUCCGCAAGCCGGCCUCUCGUGUUAGCAUAAUGUACUCCACCCCGUCAAAGGCACCUCCACGCAGCUCACAUGUGAAGAGCGAGCCACGUCGUACACCUUUGGGCCCUCAGCACGCCAAUGGGCAGUCACGGGCUUCAGGGUCGGGGAGCAAGCCAUUGAGAUUUAUUCCAGAGUACGGAAGCGCACCGCUCUCGGCGGGAAAGCCAUCUGCUGUAGCGGGCGGAAUUCCAUCGGUCUCAAGGGCGAAUGCUCCUGUGGAAGCUGCCCAGCCUGCGGUCGUUCAAGCACCUCCGAUUGCUGAGGAUCAAUAUCAGCCUCGCGAGUUGGCCAACCCAUUCGUCAAGGACGAGCCCGAACCGGAACUGCCCCGCCGAGGCGGGCCACUCUCUCAGCUCACGAAUGAAGAAACCCCAGAGCGGCUUGAGGCUGCUGUGCAAGCAGGUCUGAAGGUCUUGACGUCUCUGGAGACUCCCCUCAAAGACAUGCCGGCGAACGAAGACACCAUCGCAUGGCUCGAGCAGAUCGGCAAAGUCAAAGAGGCUGCCAUCAAGACACGCACCGUUGUGGGGGUUGUUGGAAACACCGGAGCGGGUAAAUCCUCUGUCAUCAACGCCAUGUUGGAUGAGGAGCGUCUUGUGCCCACCAAUUGCAUGAGAGCAUGCACUGCUGUUGUCACGGAGCUCUCUUACAAUUACUCCGAUAAUCCGGCCACCAAGUACCGCGCUGAAAUCGAGUUCAUCAAGCCUGAAGAUUGGAGAAGAGAACUGACGAUGCUCUUCCGAGAGAUAUUCGAUGAGAACGGACACUUGUCGAAAGAGGUCCACUCUGCAGAUUCGGAAGCUGGUGUUGCAUACGCAAAGGUCCGCGCUGUAUAUAACAAGCUCUCUCGGGAGGAACUCACCCACACCAGUGUUGAAAAGCUCAUGAACAACAAAAAAGUGCGAAGCCUCCUUGGCAGCUGCAAGACGUUCAGCACCCGCGAACCACGAGCUUUCUACGACAAACUGCAAUUGUAUGUCGACUCGAAGGAGAAGGGUACCGAAAAACUUGACAAGAAUGGUAACCCUGCCAUCAAUCAACCACGCCCAUUUGAGUCAUGGCCUCUUAUCAAGGUCGUCAAGAUCUACACCAAAUCCCCAGCGCUGGCCACGGGUGCCGUCAUUGUCGACUUGCCAGGCGUACACGACUCCAAUGCUGCGCGUGCUGCUGUCGCGUCAGGCUACAUGAAACAGUGCACUGGUCUUUGGAUUGUUGCGCCUAUCAACAGAGCCGUCGACGACAAAUCCGCAAAGACUCUCCUGGGAGACACAUUCAAACGCCAGCUCAAGUUUGACGGUACCUAUAGUGCUGUCACGUUCAUCUGCUCCAAGACGGAUGACAUUUCUCUCACCGAAGCAACUGACAGUCUCAAGCUUGGGAACCAGAUGACGGAUCUCGAUAACAAGGCUGCAGAUAUUGAGUCUCGCCACCGGAAUUUGACCAAGGAAAUCAAAGACAUCAAGAAAAGCAUUGGAGAUUACGAAGAUUCAAUGAAGUCUAUUGAAGACCAGGAGGAGGUUUGGGAAGGUCUCGAGGAGAGGCUCGCGCAAGGUAGAUCUUGCUUCGCUCCCUCUGAACAGCGCAGCAAGGGCGGAAACAACCGCAAGAGGAAGUCAUCAAGCUCAAGUUCGUCUCCAGUGUCCAGAAAGCGGCGUCGACGUACGAUUGAUUCAGAUGACGACGGAGAUGGAGAUGGAGAUGGAGAUGGAGAUGGAGAUCAAGGUCAAGACCAAGAUCGAGCAGACAGCGAUGCCGAGGCACACGACCAGGACAGUGACUCUACCAAGAAACCUCUCACUGAAGACGAAAUCACUGCCAAGCUUGAUGAACUCAAGAAAAUGUACAAGGAGGCCCGACGGGAGAAGAAAGCUCUGGAGGCGCGCGUCGUGGAGAUUCGCAAGUCACUCCGCACACUUGACGACGAGCUGGAGGAAAUCGACACCCACAAGACUGCUAUUGCGAUUGGUGGAAGAAACGACUAUUCUCGCGCUGCGAUCAAGCAGGACUUCGCUGCUGGUAUCCGAGAGUUGGACCAAGAAGCGGCAGAAGACGAGGAUCCGGACGCUUUCGAUCCGUCGGAGAAUAAACAGGACUACAACGCCGUCGCAGAGUCUUUGCCUGUCUUCUGUGUAAGCAGCAGAGCGUAUCAAAAGCUCUCUGGUCGCAUGAAGAAAGAUAGCAAUGUUCCCGGCUAUUCCAUGCUCGCAGAGACUGAGAUCCCGCAGCUUCAAGCCCAUUGCAAGAAGCUCACUGAAAAAGGACGCCAGGCUAGCUGCCGCCGUUUCCUCAACAGUAUGAAGCAAUUGCUUGGGUCACUCGGGCUCUGGGCUAGCGACGACGGUACCGGCGUUAAGCUCACUGCAACGCAACAAGACGUGGAGAAGGCCAUCCUGUCGAAGAAGCUCAAGGAUCUGGAGAAGACUCUCGAAAAGGUCGUCAACGACACGAUGGCGGAUGCGGCAGAAACCAUUGAUGACCAGCUGUUUGCGAAGUUUGCUCCUGCCGUUCAUGCUGCCACUCAGGAAGCCUUGCCGAGGUCUCAAGCAUGGGGGCCCCAAAGGCAGAUGGCGGCUUGUACUGGUCGAGCUACAAGGCUACCACACGUCGAAACGGAGUGUGGGCCGGGUCGAGCGGUGCCCGCGACUUCAACGCAGAUCUCACAGAGCCAAUCUACAAGACACUUGGGGGUGUAUGGGAACGUGCGUUUCAGCGUCGCAUACCCACCAUCUUGCAGAGUCUGA